GUGUCCAAUUUAUUUGCAGAGCACGAGCCCAGGUGAAGCAGGUGGACGCGCAGAGAAGAGAUGCAGCUGCUGCUGUUGUCGUGUUACUUCCUGUCCGCGUGGCUCGGCGCGGAAGCGGCCCCAGCGGCCGACGAGAUCACGUACCUGCCGGGUCUGCAGAAACAGCCGAGCUUCAAGCAGUACUCUGGAUACCUGAGUGUGGCUGACGGCAAACACCUGCACUACUGGUUCGUUGAGUCGCAGGACAAGCCGCCCUCGGACCCGCUGGUGCUGUGGCUGAACGGCGGCCCCGGCUGCAGCUCGCUGGACGGACUGCUGACCGAACAUGGACCCUUCCUGAUCCAGGGCGACGGUGCGACGCUGGAGUACAACCCGUACGCCUGGAACAAGAUUGCCAACAUGUUGUACCUGGAGUCCCCAGUAGGCGUCGGCUUCUCGUAUUCAGACGAUCAGAAAUACGCCACCAAUGACACAGAGGUGUCGAUGAACAACUACCUGGCCCUGAAGGAGUUCUUCCGCCUGUUUCCAGAGUACAGCAAGAAUGAGCUCUUCCUGACCGGAGAGAGCUACGGAGGAAUCUACAUCCCAACGCUCGCUGAGAGGGUGAUGGAGGACGCCAGCCUCAACCUGCAGGGCAUCGCCGUGGGGAACGGAAUGUCGAGCUACGAGAUGAACGACAACUCGCUGGUGUACUUCGCCUACUACCACGGCCUGCUUGGCAGCCACCUGUGGGCGGAGCUUCAGACUUACUGCUGCAGCAACGGGAAAUGCAACUUCUAUGACAACCCGAACCAGAACUGCAUGGACAGCGUGGGAGAGGUUCAGACCAUCGUCUACAGUUCAGGUUUGAACAUAUACAACCUGUACGCUUCCUGCCCAGGUGGAGUCCCGCAGAGACUCAGUGUCGAGCGAGGCCAGCUGGUGAUCCGAGAUCUGGGAAACUCGUUCAUUCACCAUCAGUGGAACCGGCUGUGGACGCAGAAAGUCAAAAGUCUGGCGGCGCUGCUCCCGUCUGUCCGCCUGGACCCCCCCUGCACCAACUCCACCCCUUCCAACCUGUACCUGAACAACCCGCUGGUCAGAAAAGCCCUCCACAUCAGCCCCAAAGCUCUGGACUGGGUCAUCUGCAGCUCCGAGGUGAACCGGAACUACGGUCGGCUCUACAUGGAUGUCAGGAAACAGUACCUGAAGCUGCUCGGCGCUCUAAAGUACCGCAUCCUCGUGUAUAAUGGCGACGUGGACAUGGCGUGCAACUUCAUGGGGGACGAGUGGUUUGUGGAGUCUCUGCAGCAGCAGGUGGAGUUCAGAUCUUUGAGUUUUCCUCUGCAAAGUGGAGACGAGGGGCCUCGGCGGCAGCGCAGCAGCGUCUCCGGGGGGAAGAAACCUCCCAAACGAAACGCCCUCUACAGACGCCUGCAGAACUUCCUGUACAACGUCUUGGAGAGACCCCGAGGAUGGGCCUUUAUCUACCACGCCUAUGUGUUCCUGUUGGUGUUCUCCUGCCUGGUUCUGUCUGUGUUCUCCACCAUCAGAGAGUACGAGAAGAGCUCAGAGGACGCGCUCUACAUCCUGGAAGCAGAGGGCUUAGCUCAGUGGUGUCCAACUCCAGGCCUCAGGGCCGGUGUUGCAGGUGUGCUGACCCAGCGUGAGAUCCUGCAGGACACCGGCCCUCCAGGCCUGGAGUUGGACACCCCUGCUAGUGUCAAAGGUUUGGCUCAGCGUGGAGCUGAUGGCACACGUGAUGCUGCUGAGGUGGUGACCAUCGUGGUGUUCGGGGUGGAGUACAUGGUGAGGAUCUGGGCUGCCGGGUGCUGCUGUCGCAUCAGGGGCAUUAAUUUGAACACUCUGCCUGCCUCCCGAGCAUAA